AUGGUGAAACGUUCCUUGUCACCUGCUCAACAACCAAAUAAAAGAGUUCAUUCUGCUCAAGAUGAACAACAGGAGAGAGAUUUUGCAACGGAGGCCUCACGGACCUGGUAUGUUCUAGGGAAAUGUGCACUCACCCUUGAACUUAUUCCAGUUGCUCUCAAAGCAUUUGAAUCAUCUCUGCGUUUUGUUCCUGAUCUCCCUGAAUCUCUUUUAGGCUUAGCUACAACGCUGUGUACCCAGAAGGAGCCACAAAGGGCUCUUGAUUUGCUGUUGGCUGCGCUUCAACAACAUCCUCGUUUGAAUAACGAUUCUGCAAUAUGGAGAGAGAUUGCCGGUCUUCACUUUUCAUUGAAACAAUACGAUCAAGCAUACCAGGCUGCAAACAGGGCACUAGGGCUUGUGCCAAAUGACCCAAAAAUCCUAUUAAUAUCCGCUGAUGCAAUGAGCCAUCUCAAUCCUUCCCAUUCACACCACUUGUACCAUACAAUUCUAUCUAUGGUUACUCAAAGACGGACCACACCAGAAGAAUGCGAUAUUGCUCGUCACUGUCAUUACAAGCUUGGACUGAUGGCAAUGACCGAUCAAAACUGGAAGGCUGCCGUUUCAGAGUUCCAAGCAGCUGUUUCUUUUGCUCUUCAAGCUAACGUCGAUGCAGAACUUCUAUGGUGCCUCCUUGCCAAUGUUCGUGAAAGAAACGGUGACAUUGAAGGAGCACUUGCCGUGUGUCGUGAUGCAAUUCAAGUCUCUGGACUUACCAGAAGGGUUAGUCUUAUGUUUGGAUACUUGUCUCUUGUUUCUUUCAAUCAACAUCAAGAGGAUCCAAAUAAUGCUAUCAAUCUUUUAACUCCUUUAACUGCCACCAAUUACGACGAUGAAAUGGACUGUUUAACAUGGUAUCUUUUGGGUAAGGCGUACUCACUCGCCGACAAUCCACGUCAAGCAUAUGAUGCCUUCCAAUUCUCUUUGAGAAAGGGCAGAGACUCAUCUCUACCUUGGCUAGCAGUGGGAAGCCUGUAUCUUAAAAUGGGACAAUUACCAGAUGCACUUGCUGCCUACUCACAAGCUGCAAGACUCUUGGUUGAUGAUGGCUCUCUUGUCAGCGCCAUGGCAUCUGCCUCUGCAUGGGAUGGUCUAGCGUGUGUUUAUGAGCGAUGCGAUGACCAAGCCAUCGAUGCUGCCGAUGCUUACGCCAGAGCAGCGGCAUGCUAUCGUGCUGCUAAUGAAAUGAGAGCGGCAUCGCAAGCUGAACAAAGAGCACAUUCUCUUCAAGCUGCAGCCAGGGGCGAAGCACCUGUCCCGUCACUAAGACCAAUUCCAGAAACUCCUAUGACAUUGUUGCGUGAUAUUGUUAUCAAUGCUAUCCAAGAUUCAUUCGAUACCGAAGACGAGAUGUCUAACGAAAACUCCAAGAAGUUCCAUCAUCUACCGUUGCCUCGCGGUAGCUUGGCUGGAAGCACACCUACGAGAACCCCAACAGAAAAGGAAGUUACUAAAUGGCCAAAGCAAGGCUCUUCUCAAAUACCUUCUGCCCAGUUAACACCAGCAGUUCCAAUGCAGAGACGGUUUAGUCAACAUCGCUUGUCGCCUGUACAGGCAACAGAACCACCACCACCUCUUCUUCCACAGUCACAACCACAAGCACAGCACCAAAUGGGCCAAUUAUCACCAAUGCAAGCUCAACAGUUUGCCCAACCACCAAGAGUCUUGGGCUCCCAUCUACCUGGUCCUUCACAUAUUAAGCAAACUGUCGGUCCUCCUGUUCGGCCGCCGGUACCUAUGGGAUAUUACCCUCCAGGAGUUGUCUGGAGAUGA